AUGUAUCACUCACAGAACAACAUUUGUGGCUCGCUCGAAAACGAUCCGUUGUGUUUAAUCGAAAGCUCAGCGGACGUGGACUACUGGUGGCCAGAGCCUCUGCCCGCGUCGACGGCCGUCAUCGACGCAGCAAUCACGGUUUAUGGCCGACUCUACCCGUUGGUGCCAUCAAAACACAAAAUGCAAAUCACCGAACACUUUGCCGAAUGCAUCAAGAGCACCAAACAUCUGAACAGACAACAAGCGGUGAGCAUUUUGUAG